GGCCUCAUUCAUUGUGAAGAGCAAAGGGGCACAGAGGCAGCAAAAAAGAAGAUUGAUCCUCAAAUGCGUUCUGCCUCCAGGAGAGGAGCAUACCAGAUUUCAGUCGCUCCGCGACAAUCUGGCAUAUACAUCGCAGCUGACGCCCGUUUUAUCCAGGCGUGAUAGGUUCUCCAGUGCCGCUGCCGCAAGUUGGGCGGUUCUAUAUCUCUGCCGCACCCCCUGGCUGAAAUAAGGCGACUCCCCAUGGCAGGCAUUCGAGGCCAUCCAUCUCGGCAUGCGUUUGGACACGUCACUCCGUCCUGCACCAAUAAGACAACCACCCGUAGCUGUGUCGUGCCCUAGCAAAUCUACAAUCCCGCAACCUACACCCCUUAGCAAUCAUCCCGCGAACACUCAGGGCACCGAAACAACAGCAGCCCCUGUACAGUUUCCAAGGUUUACCCCCAACAAGAUCCUCUUCGCCCUCGGCGUGUUGCUCACUGAGCUCUGUCUCAACAACACGAUCGAGGCAAUCCGUCACCAAAAAACAACAUGGAAGUACAAACUCGGAGAUGGAUGAAGUCGCGCUGGAUGACCUCGUCGACCGGCAAUCAGACAGGGCCACUCCUAUGGGUACGCCGUUCAGCGGUGUCUGCGCUGCGAGUUUCCCGGCCGUGACGCGGAUAAGUCCUUUGAGUUCCAGAGGUUUCGGAGGGACUUCUUCAAUGGCAUCGUUGCGCCAGUGCAUGCCGCGUACAUGCUACAGUUGUGGAAGAGACGACAUGCCAUGGGCUGGUUUUGUUGUGGUGUUGGGAAUGGUAUGUCGGUGAUGAAGGAUUUCCUUUCUUCCAGUUUCUACCUCAAUGUCUUCUUUGAUACGGAAAAGAGCCGUAUGCUGGGAAAAGAGGGCAAAUGCCAUGUAUUCGGGGAAAAGUCAGGUUGUAGUCCUCUGGUAGUUGCAAGCAGCAACUGCA